AUGCAUUCUUUCGGCGCUCUAGGUGUAGCGCUUCAUGCCUCUCUGCUCAUACUGCUGGCUCAAGGAAUUCACAAAUCUAGAGAUGGAGUUUAUCACGGCGUAUCACGACGUUUUGCUGUAGACCACCGUUCACCUGGAUACCAUCACCUGGCACCGACGUAUAUGAUGCACCUUUACCGGAAUUACAAGUCAAAUCUCACUCGGCCUAUAGAUGUAAUGGAGCAGACCACCGCAAAACAAGCAGACACAGUCAAGAGUGUGAUGGCAAAAAGUUUGUCUCACAGACACCGACGCUGGACUGCAACCUUUGACCUAACCACCUUAUUGGCCGACGACCAGAUCCAAGCUGCGGAGCUCAGGUUCAGGUUUCCCCGAGCGACGAGGGCUUUCAACAUUACCGUGGAGAUCUACCAUCACCACGACUACCCGUGCAGGCAGACACAGGGGAUCUGCCAGGAACACCAGCUGGUGGGAUAUCUCUCUGUCUCCUCUGUGAUCACCUCCUCUCAGCACUGGAAGGUUUACAACCUCACUGGUCCACUGUUGAACUGGCUCGGCCAGAAACAGGUCUCCAGGAGCUCAAGGAAGAGGAGAUCACCAAACAAGACAAAGAGAGAUGUGUUCUUCCCCAACCCUGUCCAGUUGGCUGGAACACAGCAGAGUCAGCGUGUGAGCGACAGAGCCUUGCUGGUUGUCUUCUCUCAUACAGGGUCAGAGGAGGGCUCCCAGGCCAAGGCUAGCCUCCUCCACACGGCCGAACAGUCCAAGUUCCUGUCCACCACCGAGCCCAAGAAGGUCCGCAGGCCGAAGAGACACAGGACAAAAAGGGGCCACUCAGGCCAGAGGGAUCCACCGGCCAUGAGAGGUCCAGAGGUGUCCAGCAGAAACAAUGAGAUUGACCCGUCGCUCUGUCGAAGAGUUGAUAUGCAUGUAGACUUCAAUCAGAUAGGCUGGGGGUCCUGGAUCGUCUUCCCAAAGAAGUAUAAUGCCUAUCGAUGUGAGGGGAUCUGUCCAAGUCCUCUGGGAGAAGACUUGAACCCAACAAAUCAUGCUUACAUGCAGAGUCUACUAAAACACUACCAGCCUGAGCGGCUUCCCUCUGCGUGUUGCGCCCCCACCAAGACGAGUCCUCUGAGCAUGCUGUAUUAUGAGAAUGGAGAAAUGCUGCUUCGCCAUCACGAGGACAUGACUGUGGAUGAAUGUGGCUGCCUGUAGCCCCGUCACAGGCUUUUACCUUUACCUUCAGUAAAGAAACGAUGUGAGCAAAGCCUGGGCGUCUUCUCACGACUGCUUGAGAAGAGACUAGGCUACCGCUCAUCUCCUUUUGGACACACAACUGAGGGUUCCGGAACUUUAGAGUGGAAUUUCACUGACAGAAUUGAUAUCCAAGAGUCUGUAUCAGAUGGUUGAAAACAAUAAGAAAACACUUUGUGUAAGCUCUUUGAUUAUUGUGACUUGUGCACUCCUCAAGCGGUAUGGCAGAUGUCCUGUAUGUUUAGAAAGCCUGUAUAUGUACAGGAUGGAUUUUCUCUCCGAAUGUGACUGCUUUGGAUUUUAGGAAUCAGUAAGAAGACCUGCCAUUUCAUUAGAAGUCAUAGGAAAUGGUGAUGUUAUUCACUAUUCAAGCACUAUUUACACUAUAGUAGACACCUACUGGGUGUA